UCUCUCUGUCAAUCGUUUUUGCAGUCCACUCCGCCUUUUCCACAACAUGCAAAGAGUUGCUUUUCUCACCGAAAAAACCGACUCGAAUUAGCGUUUCGUGUUUGUGUGUUGCUUUGCUAGGCGUGUUUUGUUUUCUGUGUGAAAAACGCGCCCCGAAGCGAUGUAGUGGACGGGUAGCUUUGUGCUUUUCAGUCAGAGUCCUCUCCAUUAGUUCACCUACGAAUAUGCUGCGACGUGUGCUUCUGCUCUGGAUCUUACUGAGUCGUGCAGACUCCUUUAGCGUCACGGUACCCUCUGCUCCUAUACAUGUUGUCCGCGGAGAUACAGCGUUCCUCCCAUGCGAAUAUGAACCAGCCUCUGACGUUUCUAAUUUGGUGAUCACAUGGCAACGGCAGGAAGACUCAAAAGUGGUCCACAGCUUCUACUACGGGAAAGACCAGCUCGAUCGACAAAGCCCCGAUUAUUCAGGCCGGACAAAGUUAAAUCACGAGGAACUUGUUAAAGGAAACGCAUCCCUGAGUAUAGCCAAUCUUGGACUGAAGGAUGCAGGGAAAUACAUGUGCAUAGUGAGCAACACCAAGGGAACGGACAGAGGAGAGUUGCAAUUGAUUUACGAGGCUUUUUAUUCCGAGCCGAGGUUAAGCAUCCUUCUCGGUUCCACCAAUGUGACUGUCCGCUAUGAGACGGAGGGCUACCCGAAGCCAGAGGUCAUGUGGCUGGGCUCAGAAGGUCAGAACCUCUCUGACAACCUGGAGGUUGAGAAUGCACCAGAUGGAGGAUUGUACUUCUUAAAAAGCAGCUACAUAGCCCAGAGUCCAUUCAGUGUCACAUUUACUCUAAAAAACCCUGCUGCGCCACAGAAGCUGCAAAGGCACGUUAACUUCAGCUACGAUGGGAACACGAGCUCCAGAACAUCUGUGGUGGUUCUGUCUGUGUUGUGUGUUUUCCUCCUGUGCUCCACGGGUCUGCUGCUAUGGUUACACUGUCGUAACCAUAAGAAAUGACCGCUCUCCCGUCCAUACUGGACUCUUGUAGAUCAAGAUUCACAUGGAAUUGCUAGAUAUUAAUUACUACUGCUAUACCAAUAGUGCCUCCAGGCUUUUGAACGAGGUUGGCGACCUUUAAUUUUAGGAGCGAUAACACUGUAAUAAUAACGUUUUGCAAAAAUAAUUUUUUCAAAUUCACGGCUACUUUCGACUAGCCGUUAUGUUUUGGAAACCUAUGGUAGCAGCGGUAACAUGACCGAGUUAACCAGCGAUGAUCCUAUCACCAGUCACCUUUUUAAUGUUUUUUUUAAAAGAAGCAUUUAUUUGAGGCAAAAGCAGUAAUAUUGUAAAAUAUUUUUGCAAAAAAAAAAAUACUGCUUUCUGUUUGAAUAGAUUUCAACCUGAACACCUGAAUAUUUUAAACUUAAUUUUCAGCAUCAGUCUUCGACAUCUCUGAUGCUUCUCAUUUUCUCUGAGAAAUCAUUCUAAUUGCUGAUUGGCUGUUCAAGAAACAUUUAAUAUUAUUAACAUUAUUAUUAACAAUAUUUACAACAGUUAAGAACUUUUUCCGUUUUCUCUGAAUAGAAAGAUCAGUAUUUAUCAAAAAAAAAAGAAGAAGCAGCUUGGGGUAGAGGGGAUGCAUUCAAUUGAUAAAAGUAAUGAUAAAGUAGAACGUAUAAUGUUAUAACUUUUUUCUUAUUUAUCAAAGCUAACUUAAAACGGAGAAAAAAAAAUUAAUAAAAUGUACUCCACUGUUUUUGAGCAGCAAAUCAUAAUAUUAGAACAAUUUCUGACACUGACAAGUGUAUUCAAAUAUAAAACGGUUAUUUAAAAUAGUAAAAAUAAUUCACAGUAUUUCUAAUGUUUUUAAUAUUUUUAAUGUAUGUUGGAUCAAAAGAGCAAAAGAGAAUUCUUAAAAAAUAAUAUUAAACAUCUUAUUGGUAGUGUGUUUUACAUCAUAAAAUAAAUCCUCAUUGUAUGGCUGCUGAAUUUAAAGGUUUUUAUUAUACAAAGCUUUAUAUGUAUUUUUUUUAUUAAAACAUUUUCAAUUGUCUAACAGUAAUAAACUUAAGACAAAAACCAAAUGAAAUAAAAUCAGGGUUUUCUUUCA